AUGUCCGACUUCCCCUCCACCGAGAACGGCAAGAUCUCGUUCAAGGGCCGUGUCGUCGUCGUCACCGGUGCCGGAAACGGUCUUGGUAAAGCAUACGCACUCUUCUUCGCUUCGCGCGGUGCAAAGGUUCUCGUCAACGAUCUCGGUCCUUCCGCCAAGGACAAGGACAAGAAGGCUGCCGAUGUCGUCGUCGAGGAAAUCACCAAGGCCGGCGGCGAGGCCAUCGCUAACUACAACUCAAACACCGAAGGUGACAAGAUCAUUCAGCAGGUGAUUGACAAGUGGGGCCGCGUCGACAUCGUCAUCAACAACGCUGGUAUCCUCCGUGACAAGUCCUUCAAGGCCAUGUCCGACAAGGAAUGGGAUCAGAUCACCGCCGUCCACAUCACCGGAUCGUACGCCUGUGCCAAGGCUGCAUGGCCUCACAUGCGCAAGCAAAAGUACGGCCGCAUCAUCAACACCUCGUCCGCUGCUGGUAUCUACGGCAACUUUGGUCAGGCAAACUACUCUGCCGCCAAGCACGCCAUGAUCGGCUUCGGCAAGACGCUCGCCAUCGAGGGCGCAAAGUACAACAUUCUCUCCAACAUCCUCGCUCCCGUCGCCGCCAGUCAGCUCACUGCCACCGUCAUGCCCCCCGAGAUGCUCGAGAACUUGACUCCUGACUACGUCGUUCCCAUCGUCGCCUACCUCGUGUCUGCCGAGAACAAGGAAGUGUCCGGUCAGGUGUUCGAGUGCGGCGCCGGCUUCUUCGCUCAGGUGCGCCGCGAGCGCAGCCGCGGUGUCGUGUUCAAGACCGACGACUCGUUCACGCCCGCUGCCGUCCGUGCCAGGAUCGACGAGAUCCUCGACUACGACGAGAAGCCCGAGUACCCCUUCCGCAUCACAGACGCCAACCACAUGGAGUUCCUCGAGCGUGCCAAGGAGGCCAAGUCGAACGACCAGGGUGAGGGCCCGGUCCGCUUCGACAACAAGACGGUGCUCGUCACUGGUGCCGGUGCCGGUCUCGGUCGCGCUUACGCCGUCAUGUUCGGCAAGCUCGGUGCCAACGUGGUCGUCAACGACUUCCUCGAGAAGAACGCUGCCGCCGUUGUCGACGAGAUCAAGAAGGCUGGCGGCAAGGCUGCACCUGCGGUUGGCUCGGUCGAGGACGGUGACAAGAUUGUCAAGGCGGCUACCGACGCUUUCGGCUCGCUCCACGUCGUGAUCAACAACGCCGGUAUCCUGCGCGACAAGUCGUUCGCCGCCAUGUCGGACCAGGAGUGGCACGCCGUCCUCAACACGCACUUGCGCGGUACCUACAGCAUCUGCCACGCCGCCUGGCCCAUCUUCCAGCAGCAAAAGUACGGCCGUAUCGUCAACACCACCUCGGCCGUUGGUAUCUACGGCAACUUUGGUCAGGCCAACUACUCGACCGCCAAGGCCGGUAUCAUCGGCUUCACCAACACGCUCGGUAUCGAGGGCAAGAAGUACAACAUCUUGGCCAACACCAUCGCACCCAACGCCGGUACCGCCAUGACGGCCACCAUCUGGCCCCAGGAGAUGGUGGACGCCUUCAAGCCGGACUUUGUGGCUCCCAUGGUGGGCUACUUGGCCAGCGAAGCUAACGAGGACCUCACCUCGAGCCUCUUCGAGGUCUCCGGUGGAUGGGUGGCGGCGGUGCGCUGGCAGCGUGCCGGUGGCCACGCCUUCAGCCACGGCAAGGCGCCCACACCGGAAAAGAUUGUCAAGAAGUGGAACAAGAUUGUGGACUUCGAGACCAACCCCUCGUGGCCUACCAGCCCGAGCGACUCGCUCGGUGACAUCGUCUCCAACUUCGGCGCGUCUGAGGAGGACGACGAUGACGACGACGAGGGCGGAGCUGGCGGCGACUACAGCGACCCUGACGACCCCGAGAUUGUGCAGAAGGCCAAGAAGGAGCCCAUCGACGACUCGGAGUUCUCGUACGGCGAGCGUGACGUGAUCCUGUACAACCUGGGUGUAGGUGCCACCGAAAAGGAGCUCGACCUGGUGUUCGAGCAGGACGACGACUUCAAGGCGGUGCCUACGUUCGGAGUGAUUCCUCAGUUCAUGGCGAGCGGUGGUAUCCCGCUGGACUGGUUGCCCAACUUCAGCCCGAUGAUGCUGCUGCACGGUGAGCAGUACCUGGCCAUCAAGAAGACGAUCCCCACGAGCGCCACGCUGGUGAACAAGCCCAAGCUGAUGGAGGUGCUGGACAAGGGCAAAGCUGCUGCCGUCACCUCGGUUGUGCACACACACGACAAGGAGAGCGGCGACCUGGUGUUUGAGAGCCAGAGCACCGUCUUCAUCCGAGGCUCGGGUGGCUUCGGCGGCAAGAAGAGCGGCAAGGACCGCGGUGCCGCAUCGGCGGCCAACAAGCCCCCCUCGCGCAAGCCCGACAAGGUGGUCACUGAAAAGACGACGCCCGGCCAGGCUGCGCUGUACCGACUGUCGGGAGACUACAACCCGCUGCACAUUGACCCCAGCUUUGCCCAGGUUGGUGGAUUCGACCAGCCCAUCCUGCACGGACUGUGCUCGUUCGGUAUCUCUGGCAAGCACGUCUUCCGCGAGUUUGGUGCGUACAAGGACAUCAAGGUGCGCUUCACUGGCCACGUGUUCCCCGGCGAGACGCUCGAGACGAGCAUGUGGAAGGAGGGCAACAAGGUCAUCUUUACCACGCGUGUGGUCGAGCGCGACACGCAGGCUCUGGGCGCUGCUGCCGUUACGCUCGCCGACGAGUAA